GAACCGAGAAACAGGGAAAUAUGGCAACUAUCCAUCACGCCCCACAAAGUCUGCGCGUGGAGGCAUCUCAUCAGCGGUAACAUCACUCAUUCACACACUAAGCGGCACUCACGCUCCAGGACAUUCGACCCAAAGACCUCGUCAAGACAGGAGCACCACCCAGAGCCAUCAGUGUGUCUCCUUGCAGCGCGCACCCACAGACCCAACCCACGAACAUCACCACCACCACCACAGAGACGAUACCACAGAGACGACUACCCCCCCCACAAAACCAGCAAAACCGGCCAAACUAACACCACCAGACCCACCACAGCACACUCCCACACGUCCACGGGCAGGCGGGGCUAACAUAUACGCCGGACUGAUCUCUUUUGUUGACCCCCUCCGCGUGCGUCACCAUGUGGAAGACAGUGAUGAGCAGGAUCCGCCCGACGCGCCCCUCCCCCACGGCGCUGAUGGAGGCUGCAGAGGCCCUGAGGAAGUCCUCGCAGCCUAUGCUCAUGAGACUCAAGAUGAUGGUGAAGCUGGCCAAGAUCCUAGGACGCGACUCUGCCCCCGCGUCGUCGUCCUCGUCAUCGUCCUCCAAACGCAGGCCCAGACGGGUCAUCGACACUCGUGCCAAGCCUUCCGCCAAGGUGCGCCAGGCCAGAAUAUUGAAUAAGAUGCGCUCAGCUCUGGGAAGAAAGCCGCGGAAGACACGGAAGCCGAAAUCACACCUGUGGGAGCGAGCACACAACGCGGCGGCGGCGACGGCAGCCCCGGGGAGACCCACCUGGGACCUGCUGCUGCCCGAGAAUGUAGAGCCAGAAAACGAGCCUGAGAUCACAAUUGAACUGAGCUCGAAAGUUGAGAGACCAAGAACGACCCUGGUGGUGUACAACUUCACAAGUGGGUACUUUGAGGAGGUGGUGGAGGACGAGCCUCUGCUGGACCUGCUCACUCUCCACUCCAAAGUGACGCUCAAGGAAGACCUCGACAAGGCCCUUCACCGUUUCGGGCUCCAGUGGUCCGACUCGGAAGACUCAGGACUGGAGCAGCUGGCGGAGGACUCGAGGAGGGAGAUGGAGGAGGUGUACCAAGGUGUGGUGACCAGGGAGGAGCUGAUGAGGAUCGAUGCACAGCCUAAUCCUUUUAACUAUAGCGACCGAGUGUCCCAGACCACACCCAAUGCCACCAAGGAGCUGGCGAUGCAGACUGAGCCGCCUCCCCCAACCUGCUUCUCGGUGAAUGUGGGCGAGUGGGACAUUCACGACGCCUACAUGAAUGAUCAGCUUGCCCUUCAGCGCCUCCAGCAGGAGAUUCAAGAAAAGGAAAAGGAAAAGGAUGCUAAAAAAGUUGCCGUGGACCCCCUGGUGGUACUGGGAAUGGAGCACCUGGGGGCUAGAAACCGAGGCGGCGUCAGCAGUGGUGUCGGAGGGGGUGACCCGUACCAAGCCAACCUGACGGAGCUGCGGAGGGUGGCACGGGUGGUGGAGAGGAUGGUGACUCAAAACAUUUAUGAUGACAUAUCACAAGACUUCAAGUACUGGGAAGAUGGAAGUGAUGAGUACCACCCACUGCAAGGCUCCCUCCUCCCGCUGUGGAAGUUUAGGCCUGAGAUAUCGCGUCACCUCACAGUCUCAGACGUCUGCUGCAGCCCGGUGCUCCCUGACCUCUUUGCUGCUGCUUAUACAGAUGCUGAUGCUAAGGAAGAGAUUGCCGGCCUGCUCUGCGUAUACACCCUCAAGAAUCCCGUCAGCCCCGAGCGUGUCUACCACACCCCCAGCGGCGUCACGUCCAUACACUUCCACCCAAAGGUUGGCAGACUUCUGGCUGCUGGUUGGAGCGAUGGCCGGGUGGUGCUGUAUGAUGUGUGCCCCACCACCCCACGGGCCCUCUCCUGCACCAUCACCUCUGGCAAGCACCUUCUCCCUGUCACCCAGGUCCGAUGGAUAGAAACAUCGCCUGGAGAGGACGUUAGUUUCUUUUCUGUGGCACAAGACGGGCGCUUGACACAGUGGCACCUGAGAGACUCCUGCCGGCUUACACACGCUGAUGUGUUUGAGCCUCACCUUCCUCGCACCCUUGGCUUUGAAGGUGUGAUUACAUGCCUGGCAGUGCGAGAAGGAGGUGAGGGCAUAGUGCUCCUUGGCCUGGACUCUGGGGCAGUGUUUCAAUGCUCCAUGGUCUGUGUGAGCCACUCCCUGUUCCACUACCCAGCGCACUCCUCUGUGGUACGUGACUUGGCUUGGAACAUUCAUCACUCCCAGGUCUUCCUCUCCUGUUCCCUUGACUGGUCCAUCAAAGUGUGGUUCCAGCACUCCAAAACUCCACUGGUCGUCCUGGAUGUGGGAGGAGCAGUGGCAGGGGUCGCGUGGUCACCUUACAACAGCAGUGUUUUGGUGGCAAUAACUGAUGAAUGCCGAGCAUUUGUGUUUGACUUGUCAGUGAGGGUGUGCACGCCCUUGUGUGUGCAGCCCAUGGCCCAGCGCAGACCUCUUAAGGCCUCCUGCGUGACCUUCAGCCCCUUCUAUCCCAUCAUCUUUAUUGGUGGGGAAAAAGGCCACUUGUCCUCCUUCAAGCUUUCGCCCAACCUGAGAAGAGUUCAGAAGGAGAUGAAGGACGGGGAACCUCGAGAUACAAGAGAAGUUGAGCGAGGCAAGAUUGAAAAAGUAAUUGCAAGCAACCGGUGAGGGGAGGCUGCCAGGACCUCCCCUCAGGUAAUGUGUUGACAUUGAUUGAUACCUUUUGGCUGCCAAAUAAAGAACAUUUAAAGUCACCCCAAAAAUAGUCUGUUUGGGUUUUAUAUGAAAAUAAUUUGUUAAUUAAAAAAAGAGGAAGAAACUAUCAUCCAUAAGCCAACUCCACAACCAUUGUCACUAACAAUGAGACUAUUUAUAUUACUUAUAGCAUCUUCCAUCUAGCGUAACCUGUUUUUGGGUCGUGAUCUGUAGAGUCCCUUAUGGAGUCCCGACUACAUAAGAUUUGGACGCCAUUAUUGGGCCUGUUUUCGCCGUGCUUUUCAAACGCUAGCACACGCUCUCGUGGUGAAAACAGGACCAAUAAUGGCGUCCAAAUCUUAGGUUGUCAGGACUCUAUCUAUCAAAGGACUCUACAGAUCACGACCCAGAAACAGGUUACGCUAAAUGGAAGACACAAUUAUACUUCCAUGAGAUGCAAGGCAGGGUUUCAUCGACUAAUUCUGUGCUAGCAUGUUUUACACUGUGUCAGAACUGCAUCUGUUAACAUUAUUCCUUCUGGGAAUAUUAAAAUCAUUUUACACACAAUUAAACUUUUGUGACCUUUCCAUGAGCCUAAGUUUUCUAGGAAAUAGUUAUCUCAUCCAAAGCUUUGUAGCUCAUCAUAUAAGUGUUUGUAUACAUGCAUUUUAUAAAUAAAAUAUGUAACAAACUUUUAUGAAAUUGCUCUAUUCUUUUAACCCGGUAGCAGCAGAAAAAAUCACCCCUCACACAAACCAUUUCAUAAUAUAUAUCAAAGCAUUUGUGAUCAGAUU